GCUUUAGCGCACCUUAACAACCUCCUUCCCUCCCCACACAACAACACAGACGUCAACAUCGAGCAGCUGAAAACAUCACAGCAGAUGCGAUGUUUCUCCCUAGAUUGUGCAUAAUGGUGUGUCUGGUGUACAUGUGUGGCGGAGUGAUGGGCGGUGCAGCAGAGGAACAGUGCCACACCUUCGCUGGAGGAGCUGUCUACCCUAAUACAGAGGGACGGGCAUCUGGACACAACCUCCAGUGGACUAAGGCCAUGAUAAGCAGACCUGCUCCAGAAUGGGAAGGUACAGCUGUAAUUGACGGCCAGUUUCAAGAGUUGAAACUCUUGGAUUACCGUGGCAGAUAUCUCGUCUUCUUCUUCUACCCAUUAGAUUUUACCUUUGUGUGUCCGACAGAGAUUUUAGCGUUUAAUGACAGAGUGGAAGAGUUUCGGAAGUUAAACACUGAAGUAGUAGCUUGUUCGAUUGACUCUCACUUUACCCAUCUUGCGUGGACUAACACGGCACGUAAGGAUGGUGGAUUGGGCAAGUUGAAGAUACCUUUGCUUUCUGAUAUCACACACAAGAUUUCAAAAGAUUACGGUGUUUACCUAGAAGAUCAAGGAAUAGCUCUCAGGGGUCUGUUCAUUAUUGAUGACAAAGGUGUAUUACGUCAGAUAACCAUGAAUGAUCUGCCUGUUGGACGAUCUGUGGAUGAAACUCUCCGUCUAGUGCAGGCUUUCCAGUUUACCGAUGAACAUGGGGAAGUUUGUCCUGCUGGCUGGAAACCUGGUGAUGAUACAAUCAUUCCUAAUCCUCAUGAGAAAUUGAAGUAUUUUAAGAAGGCAAACCAGUAGUGAUGAAUCUUCAAGGCGGCAGUAGCAUGCGAUGAUUGUUUCCUGAGAAGAAAAAAGAUGUUUUGUCUUUUCCUUCCUAAUAGGACAAAGUUGACUACAGAGAGAUGUUACAAAUAAGAUAAUUAUGAAUGGAGGCACACAUUAGUUGAGCUCUAAUUAAGCCAACAUGACAAACUAGAUACCUUACUGUAUUAUUGUAGUACAUAGUAGUGAAAUACCUCGGAGUAUUGAAGUAUGGGGUAGUGAUUUGUACUUUCCAGUACAGUGUCAGGUCAGGAUAAAUUGUGUUACUGGAAAAAUAUGGACUGUGAAGGUUUAUGGUGCUUUAUUAGGAUUUAAUGAAGGUGACAGUAAUAGCCAUGAAUGAUCCCAUACUAGUUAAGUGUUAAAUUUAUGAAUAUUAUAAUAUUGAUAUUAAUAUUUUGCAUUUUAAUGGGAUGUAUGGAUGGACAACAAAUUUCCAGUCACAGGUUGGAACGAUGAAGAUACAAACCUUAGCUUCUCAAGGACUAUCUUAACCCUUAAACUGUCCAAAUGUAGAUCUAUGUUUAUGCACAUAGCGCUCUGACCUUGAUUUUUCCCAUUUGUAAGCAUGUAAAAAAUGUAGGUCUACGUUAGGAGCGCUACGCGAGCGAACGUAGAUCUACAUCUGGACAGUUUAGGGGUUAAUAAGUUAAAGUCCUAGGUAAAAAAUGAAUUGAAUGGUAAGAAAUCUUAUGCUAUUAAUAUAUUAUAUCCCAGAAUAAUGUUGUAAGAAAAAUUCCACUUUUGCUGUUUUAUUAUGCAGAACCCAAUUUUUUUAUUAGUGGGAUAUCAUUAUUAAUAACAAUUGCUAAUAGCAAAAAAUCUGAAAUUUUCCCCACUGCUUGUUAGCGGUACUGUAACAGUAUAGUACAAAAUGUAUAGGAAAUGUACUUUUUGGAUGUUACAAAUUCAAGAUUGUCUAAUUCAUCUCACAUUACUGUUCUCAAAAGUUAUACUGUAUGUCUAAUGCCUUUAUGGAAGACUUGGUUUACCAUUUUAUAUUUUUGUUCUAAUGAUAUUUGUCUUCCAUUAUGUUUAGCAAUUUUAUAUUGCCAAAUGUAAAUGAAAAUAUUGAAUGGUUUGUGUGUAUAGCUUGCUGUUAAAAGGUGAAGGUCAACUACAAGUUUGGUGUGUUAUUGAAAUGAGAAUAAAAUUCUCCUAUAUCCAUAUUUACAAUAUUUUAACGUAUGAUGCUUGAUGUGAUAAUAAUUUGAAUUUUCAGUCAGACUUAUUACAAUAAUACAAUAAACAUGCACUGUUCAGGAUGGUAACAAUGCUGGGUAACACUUUUACUCUGUAUAGUGUAUUGCUUAUUGAUAAUUUCUCAUGGAUCAAGCAGAAGUUUGUUUUUUUUUUUUUUUUUUUUUUUCAACAAGUCGGCCGUCUCCCACCGAGGCAGGGUGACCCAAAAAAGAAAGAAAAUCCCCAAAAAGAAAAUACUUUCAUCAUCAUUCAACACUUUCACCACACUCGCACAUUAUCACUGUUUUUGCAGAGGUGCUCAGAAUACAACAGUCUAGAAGCAUACACAUAUGAAGAUACACAACAUAUCCCAGAAGUUUGUAUGAAGUUUAAUACUCAAAUUGGAAAUUUACUUUUUGUUGUAAAAUGAAGUUUGAAUAUGUGCUGAUUAUACAAAAAGUGGAUGAAAUCAGAUAGUAUUAUGAAUAUUAGGAGUGCAGUAAUAAAUUUUAAUUAUUUUAUAAUAUGGUUUAGGUCUGAAUUUUGCAUUAUUAUACUUGAUUCUAGCACUGAAAUAAAAGUUUACUUUAA